GGCUGGUCGCCUCUGUCAUACUCGUUGCCGUUGCCGUUCGCCUGUGCAACAUGAUCGGAGUGAAAAGGAAAAAGCUGCUUGCAUUCGGUGUGACAGUGGUUAUACUUGUGGCUGUUUUCGUAAUAUUAAUUGUAAUCUUCACACACAAUUCAGAUGUUAAAUGCGGACCCAAGUUUAUCAGUUCUUCUGAAUUGGGUCGUUAUAAAAAGGGCGCCGUGACGACAAACGGUCAGGAAUGUUCAAGAAUUGGUGCUGACAUCUUAUCUAGGAACGGUUCGGCAGUAGAUGCGACGAUAGCUGCACUUCUUUGUGAAGGCAUCGCCUCCUUGCAUAGCAUGGGAUUGGGCGGUGGAUUUCUCAUGACGAUAUGGGACGCGAAGAGCAAAACGGCGGAUUAUCUGGACGCGAGGGAGACCGCCCCGAUGGCCGCGACAGAGGACAUGUUCGAUGGCAAUGCUCAUUUGGCCAUGUAUGGUGGCUUGGCAGUUGCCGUACCGGGUGAGCUUAUGGGCUAUUGGAUGGCCCAUCAAAGAUACGGGAAAUUGAAGUGGGCUGAGUUAUUCGAGCCCGCCAUUGAAUUGUGCAAAAAUGGAUCACGCGUCAACGAUUAUCUCGCCGCGUAUCUGCUCGAGAAGGAGCCCGUGAUAAAGAACGAGAGCAGUCUGGCCGAGAUACUCAUUAACCCCGCUACCAAUAGGACGUGGAUCGCGGGAGAUCGAAUAAAGAGACCGAAACUGGCGGAAACGUUGGAAUUGAUAGCGAGGGACGGUCCCGGCGUAUUUUACAAUGGCAGUAUUACUGACAAAUUAGUCGACGAGCUAAAGCAAUUUGACGGAAUAAUCACGAGACAGGAUUUUCAAGCGUACAGAGCCAUAUGGAGAAAGCCGGUCGAGUUGAAAAUGGGAAACCUGACAAUUUUCAGCGCGCCGCCGCCGGGCUCAGGCGCAAUUUUGAUGUUUAUAAUGAACGUCAUUCGUCGCCUGCUGCCGGUCGGCAAUGAAAAUGUUAUGUGGCAACGUAUAGUGGAGACCUUCAAGUGGGCUUACGCAAGGAGAACAGAGCUGGGGGAUCCUGAUUUCGUCGAGGGCAUAGACGCGCUGCUCACCAAUUUAACAUCCGAUGAUUACGCGGAAAUGAUAAAGGGCAGGAUUAAGGACGAUCGCACGAGUGAGGACCCGAGGCACUACGGCGCCGUCGUCGCGACGAGCGUGGAUUCAGGAACCGCGCAUGUUUCCGUCCUCGCGCCUGACGGAUCCGCGGUCUCCGUCACGUCGACCAUCAAUCAGGUAUUGGGCGCGAUGAUACGGUCCAAGUCCACCGGUAUAAUAUUUAACGACGAGAUGGACGACUUCAGCUCACCCAACAUUACUAACGGCUUCGGGCUGCCGCCGUCACCGGCGAACUUUAUUCGACCCGGCAAACGGCCGUUGAGUUCGAUGUGCCCGACUAUAGUGGUUGAUCACAAGGGCGACGUGAGAUUAGUGAUUGGCGCAGCCGGUGGCACGAAGAUCACGAGCGGCGUGGCGAUUGGGAUGCUCUUGAAUCUCUGGUUUGGUUACGACAUAAAGGAAGCGAUUGAUGCACGUAGACUUCAUCAUCAAUUAUUCCCGAUGAAUAUUCAGAACGAGAAAGAUUUCUGCCAAGUCACGUUAGAUUACCUGAAGAAAAUUGGACACAACGUUACCACUUUUAGUGGAAUUGGCAGCGCAAUUACAGCUGUGUCUAAAGAGAACGGACUUAUAAUGGCAAACUCAGAUUAUCGCCGACAAGGAACAACAGCGGGGUUUUAGAAAUUAUUUUGCAGAAUCUGUAAGAAUGAUCUUGUACUCUGUGAAUUCCUUUUUGUGCUACCGUAAUUUUUUAAAGAGAAAACUGUGAGCGAUUGUUAUCGUCUAAGCGUACAGUUACUAAUUAAUACUCUCUACAUGACAUGGACAUUCUCCAUUUUUAUUAUAUCUAUUUUUAAAAAGAGCAGUGGUACGCUUUUUAAAAUUACAAAGUCAUCCGGAUAAGAUAU